AUUCCACAGGAUCCACACAUCCUUCCACAGUGAAAGGGCAGUAUAUAAAUCUUAUAUACACAUUUUGCGCAUAGGCUUUAUGUAUAUCAUUCUGGGCUCUCUUGAGGAAGGUUGAUUAAUUAAUAACAGCAACAAAUGAAAUAAUAAUAAUCACUCACCCUUCACCCCAAGGUCCCAGGGUGUGUUACAACAUUAGAUCACAAGAUUAAAAAUAACCUGCAGCCACAAAAAUAAAGUGGGUACAUACAUAUAAAUAUCAGGCAUGGGCGAACUUUAGCCCUCCUGAUGUUGCUGAACUACAACUCCCAUCAGCCCCAGCAAACAUGGCCAGUGGUCUGGGAUGAUGGGAGUUACGAGUUCUGCAACCUCUGGAGGGACAAACGUCCCCCACGCUAUAUAUACACCUGAGUUUCUGACACCUCAAAAGACUGCCACGCAUCCAGUGUUGACCUCUUCUUUGCUUCCUCUCUGCAGAACUGCCACAGUGUGGAAGAACCUCAACCCUUUCUGGGGGGAGGAAUAUACUCUGCACCUUCCAAUGGGGUUCCACAACCUCUCCUUCUAUGUUCUGGACGAAGACACCAUUGGGCAUGAUGAUGCCAUUGGCAAAAUCUCCCUCACCAAAGACUUCAUCUCGUCUCACUCUCGGGGAAUUGACAGCUGGAUCAACCUGAGCCCUGUGGAUCCCAACGAGGAGGUGCAGGGGGAGAUCUCGGUGGAGCUUCAGGUGGUGGAGGAAUCCCACAAGAGGGUGCUGUGUUGCCAUGUCAUUGAAGCCAGAGACCUCGCUCCGCGGGACACCUCUGGCACCUCAGACCCCUUUGCCCGUGUCCUGUGGAAUGGGCAGGUCCUCGAAACAGCUAUCAUCAAGAAAACUCGCUUCCCACGCUGGGAUGAGCUGCUCGAGUUUGUCCUGGAGGAGGGGACCGCUGGUGAAACCCCGCUGAUCGUAGAAGUGUGGGAUUGGGACAUGGUGGGCAAGAAUGACUUCCUGGGACGGGUUGAGUUCCCGUUGGAUGCCUUGCAGAAGGCCCCUCCCAAAGGCUGGUACCGCCUGCUGCCUUUCACCAGCACAGAGGGAGACGCAGGGGGGAAGCUGGGGGCGCUGAGACUGCGGGUGCGACUCGCCGAGGAUCGGAUCCUGCCCUCCCGAUACUACCAGCCACUCAUAGACCUCCUGGUGGAGUCUGUCAUGUGCCCAGCAGAGGAGAAGGAGGAUGUCACACCCUUAGCCCUGCUGGAGGAGGUCUGCUCGUUGGAGAGUCGCCAGGACGUAGCCACCAAAUUAGUCAAGAUCUUCCUUGGCCAAGGCUUGGUGGUGCCUUUCUUGGACUAUGUGAACCUCCGUGAGGUUUCGAGAACUGCGGAUCCAAACACCCUCUUCCGUUCCAACUCCUUGGCUUCUAAAUCCAUGGAACAGUUCAUGAAGGUGGUCGGGAUGCCUUACCUCCACGAGGUGCUGAAGGCCAUCAUCAACCGAAUCUUCGAGGAGAAGAAGUACGUGGAGUUGGAUCCCUGCAAGAUUGAGCCAAGCCGAACCAGGCGGAUCUCUUUCAAAAGCUCCCUGUCCGAGGCCCAGAUCCGAGAAAGUAGCCUGGAAGUGCUGACGGGAUACCUGGGUGACAUUGUGGAGUCCAUCGUGAGCUCUGCGGAGAAGUGUCCCCCCAUCAUGCGAGUGGCUUUCAAACAGCUGCACAAGCGAGUGGAUGACCACUUCCCAGAGGCAGAGAAUCAGGAUGCCAAAUACAUUGCCAUCAGUGGGUUCCUCUUCCUCCGCUUCUUUGCUCCGGCCAUCCUGACCCCCAAGUUGUUCAACCUCCGAGACCAGCAUGCAGACACCCAGACCAGCCGGACCCUCCUGCUCUUGGCCAAGGCAGUGCAGAGCAUUGGAAACCUGGGGCUUCAGCUGGGUCACGGCAAGGAGCAAUGGAUGGAGCCUUUGCAUCCCUUCAUCCUGUCUAGCAUUGGGCAUGUCAAGGAGUUCCUGGACUGGCUCAUCGACGUGGACUGCGAGAACGGAGCAAGUGAGAAGAAGCCCUGGACACUCUUCCACCCCUCGGCCACCAUCAAGGAGGGCUACCUCAACAAGCGCAAGGCUGAGGGCCUCCACUUGGUCUCGCGGUUCACCUUCAAAAAACGCUACUUCUGGCUGAGCAACGAGAGCCUUUCGUAUUCCAAAUCUCCGGAGUGGCAGGUUCGGACAUCCAUCCCCGUCCAGGAGAUCUGUGCCGUGGAACGUGUGGAUGAGAAUGCCUUCCAGCAGUCUCACAUGAUGCAGAUCACAACACGGGACAAUGGAGGGCAGCUGUCCACCAUGUACAUCCAAUGCAAGAACAUCAACGAGCUCAACCAGUGGCUCUCAGCUAUCCGCAAAGUGAUGGUCUCCAAUGAGUGCCUGCUGCCCUUUUGCCACCCGGGUGCCUUCCGCGGCAGCCGCUGGACCUGCUGUUUACAGACCGACCGUGCCGUUCGGGGCUGCAGCCGCACGCACUCGGCGGUGACCCUCGGUGACUGGAGCGACCCACUGAACGCAGACACAGAGGCGCAGAUGGUGUACCGGCAGCUUCUCUUGGGGAGAGACAAGCUCAGGGAGAAAUACCUGGAGUUUUCAAGCACGGGGGCCACAGAGGAGCAAAGCAGCGGGGCCCGGAAAGAUGCAAGCGGCCGGAGGAUGGCAGCCACUGCCCAACUCUUAGAAGUCAUUCAGGAUCUGCAGGAGGCCCACGAUGCCUUUGAGCGCCACGAAGAGGAAGCAAAGGCAGCAACCGACCUGGUUCCCCACCACCCUUAGGUGGUUCUGGGAGGCCAGGGAACACCUUGAGAUGCAUUGCAGGUGAGACAUGGUUAUUUCUUUGCACAGUUUUGGAAGAGAUCUUUUCCUCUCUGGGCUCUGUCUGGUGUUUCUGCCCACGAGCCCAAGUUUUAAAGUUUCACAGCAUCCAACACAGCAGCUUUCGUUAGCGGAAACUCUCUGGGCAACAGACCGCACAAUCUAUUGUGCAGCAAACAGCUUCAUCUUUCUCUUGCGCAGCAGUGUUUCGCUACCAGAACACGCUAAGUGACAAACUCAGAGCAGAAUCCACAUCAAGCAUUUAAAGUGCAUCCACAGCAGAUGGGAAGUGCGUCGCUUCCCUUGCAGAAUCCUGGGAACUGAAGUUUGUGAAGGGUGCUGGGAAAUAUAGCACUUCCAGUCCAUUAAACAUUACAGUAUGAAUCUGCCCUUAGUGGUAUCUUGGAUACAACCCUCUCUUUUUUGUUACUCCCCUCCAUUUAUUUUUUUUCCUUUUCUGCUGGUUUAGCAACGUCGGAAGUUGUCCCAUACUGAAUCAGGCCAUUGGUCCAUCUGGCUCAGUAUUGUCUACAUGGACUGGCAGCAGCUCUCCAGAGUUUCAGACAGGGGGUUACUCCCACCUCUACCUAGAGAUGCUAGGGAUUGAACCUGGGACCUUCUGCGCUCAAAGCGGAUGCUCUUCCAAUGAUCUCCAGCCC